AUGUCGGGACACCCGCAACAGGGCCAGGCCCACGGCCAAGGCAACGCCCACUACGAUGAUGGCUAUGGCCAUGCUCAGCAGGGCAACACGGAUUCCUACUACCAGGAUGACCAUGGACAACAAUAUUACGAUAAUCAUGAUGGAUACACCGACCAAGCUCAUGGGCACCAUGGUGCACAGCAGCAUGGCGGCGAUGGGUACUAUGAUGAGUCAGGGUACUACAAUGCCGAUGCAAAUAAUCCGUACCAACAGGACGGCGGCUACUAUGAGGGCCAUGAGCACGGUGGUCAGUAUCAAGACGAAUACUAUAAUGACAACCAGUACUACGACCAGGGAGCGCAUGCUGGCCAGCACCCACAAGGCGACCGAAAGCGUCGUGGGGACUCGGAAGAAGAUUCCGAGACCUUCAGUGAUUUCACCAUGAGAUCGGACAUGGCCCGUGCCACCGAUAUGGAUUACCAUGGACGAGGUGACGAACGCUACAACAGCUACAACGAGAGCCAGAUGGGCGGCCGCGGAUACCGCCCCCCUUCGUCCCAAGUCUCGUACGGCGGCAACCGGUCGUCGGGAGCCUCAACACCAAACUAUGGCAUGGACUACAACAACGUCCUCCCGGCUGGCCAACGCUCCAGAGAGCCCUACCCGGCCUGGACGUCCGAUGCCCAGAUCCCUCUGUCCAAGGAGGAGGUCGAAGACAUCUUCCUCGAUCUGACCGCCAAGUUUGGCUUCCAGCGGGAUAGCAUGCGCAACAUGUACGAUCAUCUCAUGACCCUGCUCGAUUCCCGAGCCUCUCGCAUGACGCCAAACCAAGCUCUCCUCUCACUCCACGCCGAUUACAUUGGAGGCGACAAUGCCAACUACCGAAAAUGGUAUUUUGCUGCCCAUCUUGACCUGGAUGACGCGGUGGGAUUUGCCAACAUGAAAUUGGGCAAGGGAAGCCGACGGACUCGCAAGGCUCGAAAAGCUGCGAAGAAGAAGGCCAACGUAGACCCCGAGAACGAAGCACAGACCUUGGAGCAGCUCGAAGGUGACAAUAGCUUGGAAGCCGCAGAAUACCGAUGGAAGACUCGGAUGAACCGCAUGUCACAACAUGACCGCGUGCGACAGAUCGCGCUUUACCUUCUCUGCUGGGGUGAGGCGAACCAGGUCCGCUUCAUGCCGGAAUGUCUCUGCUUCAUCUUCAAAUGUGCCGAUGAUUAUCUCAACUCACCCGCCUGCCAAAAUUUGGUGGAGCCCGUGGAGGAGUUCACGUAUCUGAACACGGUCAUUACCCCUCUGUAUCAGUACUGCCGAGACCAAGGCUACGAGAUCCAAGAUGGGAAAUAUGUUCGCCGUGAGAGGGAUCAUAAUAAGGUCAUCGGCUACGAUGAUUGCAAUCAACUCUUCUGGUAUCCGGAGGGUAUUGAGCUGAUCGUCAUGGAGGACAAGUCCCGGCUGGUUGACCUACCUCCGGCCGAACGUUUCCUGAAGCUCCGGGAGGUGAAUUGGAACAAGGUGUUUUUCAAAACCUACAAAGAGACUCGAUCGUACUUCCAUAUGUUGGUCAAUUUCAACCGCAUUUGGGUUAUCCACAUUACCGCGUUCUGGUUUUACACCGCGAAGAACUCCCCCACCCUUCUCCUAAAGAAUUGGGAGCAGCAGAGGAACAACCUCCCUCCUGCCUCUGCUCAGUGGUCCGCGGUGGCCUUGGGUGGGGGUGUAGCAACCCUCAUCAUGAUCGCCGCGACAAUCGCAGAAUGGACUUACGUACCCCGGAGAUGGGCCGGAGCACAGCAUCUUACCAAACGGCUUCUCUUCCUCAUCGCCGUCUUCGUCGUUAACGUUGGCCCCAGUGUCUAUAUCUUCGUCGUCCCGAACACACAAAAUGGUAAACUUGCGUUGGUUCUCGGUAUCGUCCAGUUCUUCAUCGCUCUCAUUACCUUCUUCUUCUUCGCGGUCAUGCCUCUCGGUGGCUUAUUCGGUAGCUACCUGACAAAGAACUCGAGACAGUACGUUGCAAGCCAGACGUUCACUGCCAGCUACCCCCGCCUUCAAGGCAAUGACAUGUGGAUGUCUUACGGGCUCUGGGUCAUGGUUUUUGCUGCGAAGCUCCUCGAAUCGUACUACUUCUUGACGCUUUCCUUCAGUGAUCCAAUCAUGUAUUUGUCAACCAUGAAGAUCACGACCUGUGCAGGAGACACGAUCCUCAAGGAGUACCUCUGCCAUCUCCAGCCGAAAUUCCUCUUGGCAUUGAUGUUCGUGACCGACUUGACGCUGUUCUUCCUCGACACCUUCCUGUGUUAUAUCCUCUUUAACACCCUCUACUCGGUAUCCCGAUCUUUCUACUUGGGAGUUUCGAUUUUGACGCCAUGGAGAAACAUCUUCUCCCGCCUUCCCAAGCGUAUCUACUCGAAAGUCCUCGCUACUACGGACAUGGAGAUCAAAUACAAGCCCAAGGUGCUCAUCUCACAGAUCUGGAACGCCAUUGUCAUCUCCAUGUAUCGCGAGCACCUUCUCGCCAUUGACCAUGUGCAGAAGCUGCUCUAUCACCAAGUUCCGUCUGAGCAGGAGGGCAAGAGGACUCUCAGGGCGCCAACUUUCUUUGUCUCACAGGAAGAUCACUCCUUCAAGACGGAAUUCUUCCCCGCCCAGAGUGAAGCCGAGCGCAGAAUCUCCUUCUUCGCCCAGUCUCUAGCAACCCCAAUCCCGGAGCCCGUCCCAGUUGAUAACAUGCCUACGUUCACUGUCAUGAUUCCUCACUACAGCGAGAAGAUCCUUCUUUCCCUCCGAGAGAUCAUUCGCGAAGAUGAGCCAUACUCCCGUGUCACGCUACUCGAGUACCUCAAGCAGCUUCACCCGCAUGAGUGGGACUGCUUCGUCAAGGAUACCAAGAUUCUGGCCGAUGAAACGUCACAGUUCAAUGGUGAUUAUGAGAAGAACGAGAAGGAUACCGCCAAGAGCAAGAUUGACGAUCUCCCGUUUUACUGCAUUGGUUUCAAAUCGGCUGCCCCAGAGUACACUCUUCGGACACGUAUUUGGGCCUCGCUGCGCUCACAGACACUCUACCGUACCAUCUCCGGCUUUAUGAAUUACAGCCGUGCGAUCAAGCUGUUGUAUCGUGUUGAAAACCCUGAAGUGGUUCAGAUGUUUGGUGGCAAUUCGGACAAGCUUGAACGCGAACUGGAGCGUAUGGCUCGCCGCAAGUUCAAACUCGUCGUCUCUAUGCAACGCUACGCAAAGUUCAAGAAGGAAGAGAUGGAGAACACCGAGUUUUUGCUCCGCGCCUACCCUGAUCUACAAAUCGCCUAUCUGGACGAGGAAGCGCCGCUGGUUGAAGGCGAGGAGCCGCGUCUGUAUUCCGCUCUCAUUGAUGGCCACUCCGAAGUCAUGGAGAAUGGCAUGCGCCGACCUAAGUUCCGCGUGCAGCUCUCCGGAAACCCCAUCCUUGGAGACGGGAAAUCUGACAACCAAAACCAUGCCAUUAUCUUCUACCGAGGUGAAUACAUUCAGCUUAUCGAUGCUAACCAGGACAACUAUCUUGAAGAGUGCUUGAAGAUUCGAAGUGUCCUUGCCGAAUUCGAGGAGAUGACUACUGACAACGUUUCCCCUUACACCCCGGGUGUCACGAAUCCCAUGACAAAUCCCGUCGCCAUUCUCGGAGCUCGUGAAUAUAUUUUCUCUGAGAACAUUGGUAUCCUCGGUGACGUUGCGGCCGGAAAGGAGCAGACAUUUGGUACCCUCUUCGCUCGUACUCUGGCAGCCAUCGGUGGUAAGCUCCAUUACGGUCAUCCGGAUUUCCUCAACGGGGUUUUUAUGACCACCCGUGGUGGCGUUUCCAAGGCCCAGAAGGGUCUCCAUCUCAACGAGGAUAUUUACGCCGGUAUGACUGCGCUCCUCCGUGGCGGUCGUAUUAAGCACUGCGAGUAUUAUCAAUGCGGCAAGGGUCGUGAUCUCGGAUUUGGGUCUAUUCUGAACUUUACAACUAAGAUUGGAACUGGUAUGGGUGAGCAGAUGCUGUCUCGCGAGUAUUACUACCUAGGCACCCAACUCCCUCUGGAUCGUUUCCUGUCCUUCUACUAUGCACAUCCGGGCUUCCACUUGAACAACAUAUUCAUCAUGUUAUCGGUGCAGCUAUUUAUGCUUUGCUUGAUCAACCUUGGAGCUCUCGCCAAUCAGACCAUUCUCUGCAACUACAAUGCCGAUGUGCCCAUCACUGACGAGCUGUUCCCUACCGGUUGCGCCAAUCUCCAGCCUGUCCUCGACUGGGUCUACCGCUGUAUCGCCUCGAUUCUGAUCGUUUUUGCCGUCUCCUUCGUGCCGCUUGUGGUUCAAGAGUUGACCGAACGCGGCUUCUGGCGCGCCGCAACUCGUCUUGGGAAGCAAUUUUGCUCGCUGUCGCCCUUCUUCGAAGUGUUCGUCUGCCAGAUCUAUGCCAACUCCGUCCAACAGGAUCUGUCUUUCGGAGGCGCCAGAUACAUUGGUACAGGUCGUGGUUUCGCCACUGCCCGCAUUCCAUUCGGUGUCCUUUUCUCCCGAUUUGCUGGUCCGUCAAUUUACAUCGGAGCCCGUUCCUUGAUGAUGCUUCUGUUCGCCACGGUCACCGUUUGGCAGCCAAUCCUGGUCUAUUUCUGGAUUUCUCUCCUUGCCAUGUGCAUGUCUCCGUUCAUCUACAACCCUCACCAGUUUGCGUGGAAUGACUUCUUCAUUGAUUACCGGGACUUCUUGAGAUGGCUAUCCCGAGGAAACUCUCGAUCUCAUUCCUCGUCCUGGAUUGCAUACUGUCGGUUGUCCCGUACCAGGAUCACCGGGUAUAAGCGCAAGGUGUUGGGAGAUCCCUCAUCAAAGAUGUCGGGUGAUGUGCCGCGUGUAGGGUUCACCAACCUCUUCCUUGGAGAGAUCAUUUCCCCCCUCAUUCUUGUUGCCGUCACGAUGAUCCCAUAUCUGUUCAUCAACGCACAAACCGGUGUCAUCUUGAAAAACAAUCCCAAUAUAACGGAGAUCAAGCCUACGGCAUCGUUGAUCCGCUUGGGUAUUGUGGCUUUGGCUCCUAUUGCAGUUAAUGCCGGCGUCCUCGCCGCCAUGUUUGCAAUGGCUUGCUGUAUGGGCCCAGUUCUCAGCAUGUGCUGCAAAAAGUUUGGUUCCGUGCUUGCUGCCAUCGCCCACGGUGUCGCCGUCGUUAUGCUUAUCGUUUCAUUCGAGAUCAUGUUCUUCCUAGAGGGCUUCGUCUUCGCCAAGGCCUUGCUUGGAAUGAUUGCUGCUACAGCCAUCCAGAGAUUCGUUUACAAGCUCAUCAUCGCACUGGCCUUGACAAGAGAAAUGAAGACUGAUACUUCAAAUAUUGCGUUCUGGACAGGAAAAUGGUAUUCGAUGGGAUGGCACUCCGUGUCUCAGCCUGCACGUGAAUUCCUUUGCAAGAUUACAGAGCUUGGGAUGUUCGCCGGCGAUUUCGUCCUCGGCCACAUCCUACUAUUCAUCAUGUUCCCAAUCAUCAUCAUUCCCCAGGUUGACAAGGCUCACUCAGUAAUGCUGUUCUGGCUCCGUCCAAGUCGUCAAAUACGACCGCCAAUCUACUCUAUGAAGCAAUCUAAGCUUCGAAGAAGACGCGUUUGGCGCUUCGCAAUCUUAUAUUUCCUCCUCCUCGUCAUUGGUCUUGCUCUCGUUGUUGGCCCCAUCGUCGCAGGCAAGUCCCUGUUGUCCGAUAGCCUGACGAGCAAGAUCCCGAUGGACUUGUAUCAACCCACUGGACAGAAUAAUAACGAUACGCGAAACCGUAAUAAGACGGGCGCUGCGGCCAGUACCGGCGGUGCUGCACAAACGUCGUCAGGCUCACCCAACAGAGUCCGACUAUUUUAA